CAUAUCGAUCUUAUCCAUCAAUGAUGAUGGUUAAACUUUGCAGUGUAUGGAUUUUGUGGAUAGCCACAUAUUCAAAUUGAAUUUUAUAAAUUGUUAUCAUCUCAUAUAUAUAGUUUUUUUUUUUUUUAUAAAUUGCAAACCCCCAUGACCCCAUGCCCAAGCCAUCACGUAAACGCGGUGAUGCCGCGCUAUUGCGCCAUUUUGCGACUCUUGGCGGUCUUUUUGGGGGAAUCAAUUUAUCAGGAGGCCUGCAGUGCACUUAGCCAGCUUCAACUGUGGUGAGUAUAUCUGGAAAUUUGAUUAUGUAUGAUGUAAAAGUGUUUAUUACACCCUAAUGAUAUUACAUGUAAUACAUCAACGUUAUUGAAAAGAAUACAUCGACGUGUUUGUAAGACGAUGGGUAAAGCUAAUUAAAUAGAAAAUGGGAUAUUCCUGAAAUAAAAAUCCACAUUAAGUCAUUACAGCCAUCUAACGUUAGCCCUGAAAAACAUUUUAAAUAAAGUUUAAACUUAAAACCGAGGGUUUUCAUUAUUAUAUUUGUUUGUUUUAACAAUUCUUCCGAUAAUGUAAGCUUCAUGAAAUUCGUUCGAUUUGAUGCUUUUUUCCUUUCUAUUUUUUCAAGCGCAUUAGUUAUGCAGAAUAUUCUGCUGUAACGUUCAAGUCGUUUAAUCCAAGACAUCCACUUCCAAUCAAACAUUUGAUUAAUUUUGGAGUAAGCUAUCUCCGUUAUAGCUGUCAGAUUUGUACACAUUCUCCUUUUUAAAAAAAAUACAUUUUAAGCAAAAACAGCUUUUUCUACUAAGAUCUAGUUUCAUAUUUAGGGUUCAAGUUUAUCACUGAGAUCUAUUAUUAGUAUUUGAUAUUGUGUGAUUUUAGAUGUUGUGGAGCUAUGAAAUAUGAGGUUAUAACAUUUGUUUUGUUUUUGCUUUGUUUUGCAUUUAUCUCCUUGCCAUGGUCUGAAGAAGCCAUAUCGUUGUAAGAACAUUUUGCAUGUCUUAUCUUAAACGUUGGGGAAAAAUUCGCUCAGAAGCUGCUAAAAUUGCACUGGAAUGUACUAGCGAAGAUGAUAGCCAUGACAAUUUGGAUAAUCCAAAUGAGUGUGAUGUAAAUGGUGGUGAAAAUUUGGCAGCAGAGGAAAACAGUACUUCACAGGAAUCAGAUGAACUUGGUGAUACAGAUUCAGAUUUUGGAUACAAAGAUUAUGUGUCAACUGAUUCUGAACAAGGUGUAGAAUCUGCAAAAGAGGAUGAAGUAACCUUUCAAGAAAAGCUUGCUUCCUGGGCUACAAGAAGUAAAUGUGGAAGAAGCCAAAUUAAUGAAUUGCUUGGUAUUUUGAAGGAUGAAGGUUUAGAAGUACCGAAGGAUUCUAGGACAUUAUUGAAAACACCUCGUCAAAUCCAGAUAGAAGACAGGUGUGGUGGACAGUAUGCCUACUUUGGCAUUGAAUGCUCUGUUGUGAAAAUUCUUGAUCGGAACAUCAAGUAUUUAGAAAGUUCAAACUCUGUGGACCUGUUAGUGAACAUAGAUGGAAUCCCUCUUUUCAAGUCAUCUAAUUCCCAGUUAUGGCCAAUCAUCUGUCGUUUCAGUGACUUUGAACCAUUUAUAGUUGCCAUUUUUUGUGGUGAACAUAAACCUAACUCUGUUGAUGAUUAUCUUGAAGACUUUUUAGCUGAAUACAAAGAACUACAGAGAAAGCCUAUCACUCUGAAUGGCCAAGAAAUCCAUGUGUGCAUCAAAGCCUUUGUUUGUGAUGCUCCAGCUCGAGCAUUCUUAAAAUGUAUAAAAGGACACACUGGAUAUGAUUGUUGUGAAAGAUACACAAUUAAGGGAGAGUAUAAGAACAAAAGAGUCGUGCUCCUGGAAGACUACCCAUUAAGAACCGAUAGGGAUUUCUCUAAUGGACUUUAUGUUAAUCAUCAUGUUGGAGUAUCCCCUUUACUUAAUGUGGGAAUAAGAUGUGUAACAGGUUUUCCUCUUGAUUAUAUGCAUCUUGUAUGUCUUGGAGUUGUAAAAAGACUGCUGUGCUUUUUAAGAAAAGGACCACCUGAAUGUAGACUGUCACAUAGAAAAGUGGGAGAGAUUUCAAAUCUUCUUGUGUCUUUAUCUGGAAAGCUACCCAGUGAAUUUGCUCGCCAACCAAGACCCUUAACAGAUUUAGAUCGGUGGAAAGCCACAGAGCUGCGGCAAUUCCUUCUAUACACUGGACCUGUAGUUCUGAAAAAAGUGUUACACAAGGAUGUUUAUGAACACUUUCUCUGCCUAACAGUAGCUGUAUCAAUCCUUUUGGACACCUGUGAGACGAAGCGUUCUGCUUACAUGGACUAUGCUAAACAACUUUUAGAUUAUUUUGUUGAAAAAUCGAAGCACAUUUACACACCAAUUUUUUUGGUGCAUAAUGUUCAUAACUUGAAACAUCUGUCAGAUGACUCUAGACAUUUCAUGUGUUCUCUCAAUGACAUAUCUGCAUUUCCUUUUGAAAAUCAUCUGCAAAUUCUGAAGAAACUAGUGAGAAAUGCCAAAAAUCCCAUCAGUCAAGUCGCAAAGAGACUUUGUGAACAAGAGAGGGCAGAAAGCCACAGAAACAAGGUGUCAAACAAAAGUUGGCAUUUUGUUUCGGAAAAGAAGAGAAAUGGAUGCUUCCUCUUGCACAAUGAAGACUUUGCCUUUGUUAAAGAAAAACGUGAUGAUGGCAAUUUGUUAUGUGAUGUCAUUUCCCAAAAAAACAUGGAAAGCUUUUUUACAGUGCCUUGUGACUCCAAGCUUAUUAACGUUGUAUAUAUUAGAAACUUGGAGAGAGUCCAGAAACGUCGCAGGCUUCUUGAUGUUGAUGAAAUUAACCGUAAAGUGGCUUGUCUACCCUUCAAAACAGGAUAUGUACUUAUGCCUUUAUUGCACAGCAUGGAGCGAAAAGACUAAAAAAGGGAUGGCUUGGGUAAGGGCAGUGUGGCAAGAGAAGAAAAGGCAAGAGGAAGGGACGGUGCCGGACAGCUGGGUGGACCCAAAGAACAUGUUAUUGUACUGGCCAAAUGUUGCAAAUGCAACAAGAUAUUUGAAGGAACGACGGCCACCAUCUGAUAGUUGGAGAAAGUUUCCACUUGUGAAAGAGAAGAUGAGAUCUGAUUACUUUGAAGAGUGUGACAACUGUGAACUCACAAGUAGUACAGAAGCUGAAGAAGGUUCACUGGAAGCAAAAAGAAGAAAAAUAUCAAAGAAAUUUGAAGACUGUUUGACAGAUCAUAGUUGUGACACUGAUCCACAAUUCGAAGAAGAAGAUAACCUUGGAAAUCGUCAGCUUCCUAACAGUAAUGAAGCAGAGCUAGAACUUCCUGUUGCUCCAAGGAAGGUGUGCAAGCUCUCCAAUGCAAGCUCUACAUCUUCUGUUUCAUCCAGUGGAUCAAGCUCUGGCUCUCCAUUGCCACUUCAAAAAAAGCAGACUUCAACAGCACAGGCCCCUGUGCAAACUAAGGAGGCCAUAUCAAAAAACCAGACCAGACAACAUUCUGAUGGAGAACCCAGACAAUCUGGGUCACCUGUUGAUCGACAGUCCAGCAGCUCCAAACAAGAUGAAAAACGCUCCCCAUACCCAAUGCAAGAAGCAAAAUUCCAGAGAAAAGUAAUGGAGAUGCUUGUUGAAAUCCGUGAAGACAUCCGCACAUUAAAGAAAAGUGUGGGGGAUGCAGAAAUGCAUACUGUCUCAAAGAUUCCUGCCCAGUCCUCAACUGUUGAGGAACUUAACAUCCUUGAUAAAUCCCUCAACUGCUUGGAUGAGAAGCUGAGACUGAUUGAUAGCUUGUCCAAUGUUGGAGGGAUGCACCUGAAGGACAAUGUCAAGAGGGUCAUGGAGAAGUUGAUGACAAACGAUGGUCAUGGCCCGUUUCAAUAUGAAGGGGGGGAAGGGGAAGCUUGCUUUCACCAAGCUCAAUCUGUACACUGUUGUCACAGAGAGUGUCCAGAAAACAACAAAAGAGACGGAGGCAAAUAUUGCAGCGGCCAUCGCCUUUUGUUUAAAAUAUGCCCCAGACAGGGUGGGUGGAGGUGGCAGAAAAAAAAGCUGUGAAUACUGAUGUUAAUAUGUUUUGAAAAAUAUUCAGGUCCAAUAAGGUUGGUGUUAAAAUAAUGGUGUUAAAUUAUUUUAAAAUGUUCUGUUCCAAUAAUGUUAAUAAUAAAACAUAAAUAAAUCAUAUUUGUU